ACAGUGUUCACUGCCGUGCCAGUAGCGGUUCCACCGUGACCCGGAAAAGGUGAAACAGCAGGAUGACGGGCGUCUUUGGACAGCUCACGCCCCCGGGCGUACCCGGCCAAUGGGCGGACAAGGCCCCAGCGAAGGAGCCGCUGGACGCGCACACGGUGGACGUGCCGGCCAUCGGCACAGCGGAGCGGAAGGGCUGCCUGUGCACGCUGGAGCGCACGGCCAUCCGGAACCGGCUGCGCGUGGCACAGUUGCUCCUGACGAUCGGUGCGCUGGCCCUGAUCCGGCCGCAGUACAACGACGGCGUACAGUGGACGACCCUGUUCGCCCUCUGCCACACGUUCGUGAUUUCGCUCGUGCUGCUGUGGGACCGGCACUGCUCGGGCACGAUCGUGCGCAGCCAGCUGCCCCUGCUCGACUGGCGCCGGCUGGAGCUGUGGUACACGGCGCUUGCCACCGUCGCGCUGUACGGGCUCGCGUACGGCGUCCUGUUCGCGCACAAGGGCUACGGCGGCUGGUACGUGUGCAACUGGGUGUCGAGCGUGCUGACGCUGCUGACCGCGCUGGCGUACGGGGGCGAAACCUGGCUCCAGCUGCGCGACCAGUACGACGGCCGCACGGCCAUCGGACAGUAGGGAGGAGCAAACCGCUCUGCCCGUACAGUCCAUUUGUUUGGGUUUUUUGCGCCGCGCGCAGUGUGUAUGUGAGUUGGCAGCUUGCAUCAAAGCUUGCAUCGCUUCGCUUGUACCCAAGCUACCGCCAUCUGGCGGGAAGCACGGUGUACUUUACCCCUUUCUGCAGGGGUAACACACGCUUUGUUUUGCAAUAAAUAUUCGAGUUUUGAAAUUCA